AUGGCUUCGACUCCCAGUGGCCAGAAUGUGCACGACCUGCAGCGUCUCUCAAUCGUGAGCAUCACCAAGGAGGGCGCGGCCGACAAGGGCAGCUACGCGGGCAUGAAGACGCCCGACGGCACCCCGGAGAUGCUCGAGGACGGCGCUCUGCGUCCCGGUGGUAUGCCCAACCUGAUGAGCCCAGACCACAUCGGUCUGGUGUUCCAGUACGCCGCCGUCGGUGUCGUCUACGGCAUGCUCCCGGAGACGGUGUACCCGUUCAUGCAGCAGUACCUCAACUGUAGCGGUGCUCAGGUCGCCGCCGCCAAGGAACUCGUGAUUCUGCCGUGGACUUUCAAGGUGUUCUACGGUAUCAUCUCCGACUGCUUCCCGAUCAUGGGCUACCGUCGUCGUCCGUACAUGGUCAUCGGCUGGGUUAUCUGCAUUGCGAUGCUCCUGCUCAUGGCCAUCAUGCCAAUCGGCGACCCGUACUACACCGUUGCGUCCGACCGCGACGUCCUCGCGUCGGACUACACCGCGGAAAUUAAGGCUCGCAUCAACUACGAUGCUCCGGGUGAAGGUGCCAAGUACGUCGUCAUCAUGUUCCUGGCUGCGUUCGGCUACGUGCUCUCGGACGUUUGCUCCGACAGUAUCGUGUGCGAGCUCGCCCAGCGUGAGCCUACUGCGAAGCGUGGCAAGACCCAGUCGGCCAUUUACACGGUCCGCACUACGCUGGUGAUCCUCGGUGAGCUGCUGGUCGGCUUCUGCUUUAACGGCGAGGAUUACGGCGGCGACUUCAACUUCUCGCUGAGCUUCCCGGAGCUCAUGAUCAUCAUGGUCGUGCUCACGGCGCCUGCGCUCCCCAUUACCUGGUACUUCAUCAAGGAGGAGAAGGCCGAGCGCGCUGACUUCCGCAAGUACAUCAAGGAGUUGUGGGAGCUGCUGUGCAAGCGCGUGGUGUACCAGGUCAUCGCCCACCACUUCUUCGCCGGCAUCUUCUCCAGCAUCUCGUACACGGCCAGUUCUCCGCUGCAGUCGUACCUGGUCGGCGUUACCCCCAUUAACAACACGCUCAACGACGUGCUGGGCCACCUCUGCUUCAUGACUGGUAUCAUGGUCACCUCCAAGUACGGUCUGCACUGGGACUGGCGAUGGAUGAUUGUGGCUACGGGUAUUGUCGUGAUCGUCGUCGACUCUGCUGUCGCCCUCAUUACUGUAUGGGAUGUUUUCCGCAACCAGUGGUUCUGGCUUGGCCCCCCUAUCGCCGUCCAGGUCCCGAGCGGUGUCGCCUGGAUCAUUGCUCUGUUCGUCACGGUCGAGAUCGCUGGUGUCGGUAACGAGGGUGCCGUGUACGGCCUCAUGACGACGGUCGGCAACCUGGCCUCGCCGUUCGGCACGACGCUGACGCUGCUCAUCAACGGUCCGUUCAACAUCACGAACGAGCGUGUGCAGGCGGACGACCACUCGAUCCGCACUGACAUCACAUGGACGAUCAUCAUCUCGUACGUCAUGAAGGUCGUCUCGUGGGGGUUCCUGGUGUGGCUGCCGCGCCAGAAGAAGGAGACGCAGGAGCUGGCCCGCAACGGCGGCUCCAGCAAGCUGCUGGGUGGCAUCACCAUCGGCUACCUGUCGUUCGCGCUCGUGUGGUCGCUGAUGGCCAACACCCUCGCCAUCUUCGACAGCACCUCGUGCCUCGUCAUUGCCGGCGGCAAGGGCUGCUAA